AUGGCGAAACAGGACCCCUCGCAGAUUGCACAUCUGGUCCAGACCUUGGAGAAUUGCCGCAGUAUGAACAAGGGCGCCAAGAAGAAGACCUUCACUUGCAAGAAGUCGACCUUCUCCGUCGCGGGCAACGUCACUGUCGAUUCCUGGAAAUUCAUGGAUUGGGACUACAAGCGCUCCGACCUGCCGGUCUAUGCCCGCGGUCUAUUCACCACCAAAAGGAAAGACGGGACUCGCGAAAUUGCAGUGCGCGGAUACGACAAGUUCUUCAACAUUGACGAGACGAACAACACACGCUGGCGGAAUAUCGAGAAGAACACCCGCGGGCCCUACGAGCUCAGCGUGAAAGAGAACGGAUGCAUUAUUUUCAUUUCCGGAUUGGAGGACGACAAGCUGCUGGUGUGCAGCAAGCAUUCGACCGGUGUCCGUGAGGAUGUCAGUGUCAGCCAUGCCCAGGCCGGUGAGCGCUGGGUGGAGCGGCAUGUGGCCUCGGUGGGUCGCUCCGUCAAGGACCUGGCAAGAACGCUGCGCGAAUGGAACGUGACAGCAGUGGGCGAGCUCUGUGACGACACAUUCGAGGAGCACGUUCUGGCCUAUGAUCAGGAAGCUGCCGGCAUCUACUUGCACGGGCUCAACUACAAUCUCCCCGAGUUCGCAACGAUGUCAGGAGAGAAGGUACAUCAGUUUGCAGAUGCAUGGGGAUUCAAAAAAGCCAAGUUCGAGGUCUUCGAUGAUAUCGCGCGCGUGCAGGGGUUCCUUGAGAGCUGUGCGGAAACAGGGACGUGGGAUGGACGUGAGACGGAAGGCUUCGUGAUUCGGUGCCAGCUGAGCGAAGAUGGCACAGGUCCCUAUCGGGACUGGUUCUUCAAGUACAAGUUCGAGGAGCCCUAUCUCAUGUACCGGCAGUGGCGUGAAUGCACCAAGGCCGUCAUCGCGGGUCGGCUUCCCAAAAUCAAGAAGCACGAGGCGAUCACCGAAGAAUACCUGAAGUAUGCGCGGAGAAGGUUUGUCAAAGAACCUCAGCUUGCGAAGGCCUAUGUCCAAAACCACGGCAUCAUUUCCUUGCGAGAAGGUUUCCUCCAGGAGCGAGGACUGAAAGGAUCUGAGAUCAUUGCCUUGGAAGCCCAAAGAGAGAAGAAGGGCAGAGAAGUCAAUCGCAACGUGAUCCUUGCCCCGAUUGCAACACUGGGAUGCGGCAAGACGACCGUGGCUCUCGCCCUUGCGCGACUUUUUGGAUGGGGCCAUGUCCAAAACGACAACAUCCCCAAGGGAAAGGGCAAGCCCAAGAAGUUUGCCUUUGAAGUGAGCAAUAGCCUGUCGGAACACGCGGCCGUCAUUGCAGACCGAAACAACCACCAGAAGCGUGAGCGCAAGCAACUCAUGGAGGAUAUCUACCCGGUUCUUCCGGAUGCACAGUUCGUAGCACUGAAUUACGUCCAUGAACCAAAGAACGAGCUGCUUCCGCGGAUCAAAGAAGUCACCCGGUCUCGCGUCCUCGAGCGCGGCGACAACCACCAGACCAUCCGAGCUGGAACCGUCACCCGGGGUGAGAUCAUUGGGAUCAUGGACGGCUUUCUGAGCCGCUUCGAAGCCAUCGACCCCUACAGCCAACCCGACGAAAGCUUCGACCAGAUCAUCGAUCUGGAUGUAUGCGCCUCUUCGCGCGAGAACCUCGAGACGGUGGUAGCUGCCCUGCACGCCAAGUACCCAGGUCUUGUCGCCCAAAUGCCCACCAGCGCUGAAAUGGACUCGGCCAUCGAGCGCUCCCUGCAGGACUACCACGUCAAGGAGGAUCUAAGCUACAGCUACAAGCAGCAAAAAGACAAGAGCAAGAAGAACAAUCACAACCAGGCCGACGCCACUGUUCCUACGGACCCAGCCACCCAAGCACAAAUGGUCAAAAAGCAACUGGCCAAAGAAACCGAGUACUUCUCCGUCGGUGUGUCUUCGCACGAGAUCACCUCUCUCCUCGAGUCUCUUUUCCCCCCAUCCACAUCCCCUCACACCGCACGUCUCUACAACCAACUCCUGAACUCGCGUCGCAUCCAGCCAACCUUCCACGUCACGCUCAUCCACCGCAGCGCGAAGAAAGAGCACCCGCAGACAUGGGACGCCUACGUCGAUAGAGCCCUGCUUGCACAGCAGGCCGCCGCAGAGACCGAGACAGACCCUCAGCAGAGACAGACUGCGCCCUCUUCAGUCGCUGCGCGCAUUCGUCUCGAGCGUCUCAUCUGGGACGACCGCAUCAUGGCUUUCAUCGUGCGUUUGAUCCCGGCGCCGGAGGCCGAGGAUGCGCAGUGGCCCUGCGUCAACGUCGUGCCGCACAUCACGGUCGGCACGGCCGGGCCGCAUAUCAAACCGAAGGAAAGCAAUGACUUGUUGCAGAGGUGGUUGGAGGUUGGGUCUGGGGGUGAGACGGGGAUUUUCGAGGCGGAGGUGCCGGGGGUUAGAGUUGUUGAAGGGACUUUUGGGGCUGUUAUGAGUCGGAGAUGA